AUGCGGUGCCAUCGCCUGGGCGACGCGUGCAUGUGGCCGGCGGUGGCAUCGCGCCCGCGCGCAUCGCCAACUGGAGCGUCGUCGUCCAAGGCAUCGACGCCCGAGACAAGGCGGCCGUCAGCAGCAGAUGACCUCAUGUCGGCCCUGUCGAGUCUGUACCACGGGUCAGAGGGCGCAGGACAUCGAGGGGCGGGACCGGCCGGGUGGCAGGUCGCUGAGGUGGCUGCUCAAUCGGCAGGUCAAGUGACAACAUCGGCGACACCAUCGGCGACAACACCGACACCACCGGCCUUGCCGUUCGAGUUUGAUCUCAUGGACCUGCGCCUGCUGCACCACUACACGAUGCACGUCCACGCGACGCUGGACCCGACAGCCGCGCCCGUGCAGCAGCGCAUCUGGCAGGACACGGUGCUGCGCCUAGGCUUCGACCAUCCGUUUCUGCUGCGCGGCAUCCUGGCCCUGUCGGCACUGCAUCUGCUGCUGGAGGCACGCGGCGCGCCCGGAACGGACCGGCGCGGCGACAAGCGAGAUCUGACGGCCCUGAAACUGCGGGCAGCGUCCCACGUGGACGCCGCGCUGACAAUGUUCCGCCAACGACUCGGCCAGGACGGCCAGCUGCAGCUCCAGCCAGCCGUGCCAGGAGGCACAGGCGCCACAGGACCGGUGGACGGCGACGAUGACGCCCCGAGUGCAGUGUUUGUAUUUGCUUGUCUGCUGGUCGUGCACAGUUUUGCCCAUGCGAAGCUGCUGGGGACGGUCAAGAUGCCGUUGCGAGCCGACAACGACAGAGACGACGACCCGGAUAACCCCGACGACCCCGACGACCCCGACGACCCAAUUAGCGCCCUUGUGGCGUCCUUUCGGCUCAUCCGCGGCGUCAACACGCUGCUGCAGCCGCACUUUUUGCGCAUCCUGGCAAGCGAGGUCGCGCCGCUCAUAGCCAACGCCAUGCCGUCAUCUUCGUCCUCGUCCGGGCUGACUGGGUCCGUCCACCAAGACGUGCCAGCGUUGGUGCAGCUGCACCAGUGGAUUUCGCGCCCAGCAGACGGCGACGCGGAUGACAUUGACACGUCGUCUGACGCCCACGCCGACGCCCACGCCGUUGACGAACUGCACCGCAUCGCAACGACCGUCGACGUCCACGCCCGCGCGGGCCAUCGCGGCCAAGCGUCCCUGCUCGCCCUGAUGCUCGUCUGGCCGGCGGCCGUCUCCGACGUCUUUAUCGACCACGUCGCCCGCCGCCGGCCGCGGAGUCUGAUUGUGCUCGCCCACUUUGCCACCCUCUUCCAAACCGGCGCCCUCGCUACCUGCUGGUGGAUCACGGGCUGGGGCCGGGCCGUCGUCGAGGCGGUCGAAGCCGAAGUGGGCCGGGCCGGGCAGGGGCAAGGAAAUGUGCAUGGGCAUGUGCAUGACGAGAGCAGCAGCAGCCUGCUCUCGUGGCUCGCGUGGCCCAAAGCCGAGAUUUUCAGAGAGACAAGCGGGAGGCACCGCAUAGAGCGGCCGCAUGUUGCCCAGGCGGUCGCAGGGGCCAAACUUCCACCAGUCGGCGUGGAACCAAUAGUGCACAUAGCGGAACAUCUGCACGACGAUCCAGGGGAUGGGCGGGAAGGACGCCCAGCGGCCGUCCUCAAAGUGGACGUCGAGGCAGGUAAAGAAGAAAAUGACGCCGGUGGUGGCGCCGAUGCUGGCAAUGGCGUGCUUGGCGAGCUUGGCGCUUUCGGCCGGGAAGUCCUUGAAGCGCUCGGCGCCGUACUUGCGGAGGCCCAUGAGCGUCGUGAUUUCCUCGGUCAGGUGCUGGGUGAAGACGCCGCCAAAGGCGUCGAUGAUGGCCCGCAGCGCGUUGCCGUCGUAGACUUCUUUGCCGGCCGCGACGGCUUGGACAUAGGCCGUGUACUUUUCGAGGCCGUCGUGGAACUCGUGGUGCUGCGCGACGUUGGUGGCCAUGAUCCCCGGCUCGCCGGCCAUCUUCUCGAUGAUGGGGAAGAACUGGGUCUCCUCUUCGUGGUGGUGGACGUGCACCACCGUGGCCCAGACCGCGGCGUAGUUGGCAAACGCCUUGACUUCCUGGGGCUUGACGUGCGGCGCCUGCAAGUAGAUGGCGUUGAUGCCGCGGAUGAAGCAGUUGUGGACGGCCGUCAUCUCGACUGCCGAGUUGUCAAAGAUGUCAUUCUGUGUUGUUAG